UCCUUCCCCACUUCAUUCCAUUCCUUUACUCUACACAUCACACAACAAAUAAAUUCUUGAAAAUAUUCCCCAAUAGAACACAUAUAAUUUUCGAUAACUGAAAUUUCUACACGAAAUUUUCUGCAAUGGACAAAGAAAUACAACAGCUGAUCUUCCAAAGUGAUCUGGAUAGUAUAGUAGGUCGCGAAUUCGAGUCGGGAUACUGCCUGGAUGGAAAGCCCAUCCUACCUCCCAUGAUGACCGAAAAGAAACGGCUGGAGAUGAUGCGCCUCCGCCUGUGCGCCCUGACCAAUGAAGUUAUUCUCAAGAGAAACAAGCUGUCCAAUCCUAAGUAUCUGAUGGAUACACCAAAAGUUGAACAAAAGAAUGCAUCAACCAGUACCAAAAUACUCUAUGGAUCCAAUGGCCUAGUCGUGAAUGGUCGCUUUCGCCAGAAAUUGGUGCAAUCGGAGACCAUGAUCUACGAUCACACUGCCAAUAUGGUAGUGCAGAUUUCUGCGCCAAUGAAUGUGCCAAUUCUUAUGACUUCUCAGCUGAUGCUAGAGGAUGCUCCGCCAACUCCUCCACAGCGAGCGGUUAUUAAGGUAACCCCUGUUAAGUUGGCCACCUCGGAGAGUGGAUGGGUAACCAAAUUGGAUCCACCAAAGUCUGAGAGUUCUCAAGGAAGGGAGUUGGUCACGGAGCCACUGCAACGCUGCACCACCAGUCCUGAUCUUUACAGGCUGCACCACCAACUCUGGCGAAGAUACCCGGUUCAGAUUCCAGUGCCCCAUCUUACUUUGGCUGUUAAAAGUGAUUCACAGAUUGGAUGGACUGAAGGGCAAAAAGAUAAACUGAAAGCCAGGGUUCCCAGCCGGAUCCCCAAACCGAUUCCCUGCCAGGUGAUCACUAUUCCCACUGUUUGUAGCAGACCCAAUGCACCCAGAAUUACCAAAGUGGCCAAACCUUGGACAGUUACACAAAAGCCACGCAACAUCGAUGUGAAAGUGGCUCCAAAACGCUUAAACCAGACCAAGAAAAGUGAGGCAUUGCCUGCAAAACGGAAGCCUCCGGCAAAACCCAUUAACUUGAAUGUGCCGAAAAGCAUUAGGACUCCAGUGGCCGCCCACAAACGACCCGGAUUUAAGGAGAAUGACCUCCAGCAACAGAAGAACCUCCUAAAAUCUUUGGUCCUUCGGCAGGCGGAGGAAAAUCAGCGUCUACAGGCUCAAUUUCGAGAACAACAACAGGGACUGAUCGCCCAGAUGCUCGGUGAUCUCAACAAAACCAUCGAGAUCUCCAGCGAUCCUGAGUUUUUGGACAGGUUUUCGGAGCUGGACACCAGCACCCCCAGCAAUUCCAGCCAAAUUUGAUCCAGAGAUCUUCAGGGAACUUGUCGUAGAUACAUUAUCAAAAUUUAAACGUUCAUCCGGGAACGCCCUGAGAGAAAAACAGAGAGGAACAGAAACAGACGGGGAUAACAUAUUACUCAAUCUUCCGCCAAGAAUUUUCAAUUUUCUACGCUCUUUAAUUGAAAUUGAAAAUUCUUGAUUGGAGCAUUUCGAACUGAGCGAAGAGUUUUUUCAGUUCGGGCAAGAAAUGUAUGUAUUUUUUUUUUGGGUGCGACUAAUGUGUCAGUAUUGCAGAAAUCUGUGUAUAUUUCAUGUGGAUUGUUGAUUGUCAAUCGAAGUCCAUGAUGUCCCCCUAGUCUUAUAAUUUUAAUAAUAAUUUUAUAUACAAAUCUUUUUG